UCAACCUGGGCCAUGGCCCGGAGUGCGGGGCUGAAGCCUGGGCCACUGGGGGCAGCGAUCGCUGUGCUCCUGCUCGGGUCCUUCUGGCCCUGGACAGGAGCUGAUGGGGCUGAAGCUGUCUGCGGCAUCGUCCCCCAGGCGCGCAUCACAGGGGGCAGCAGUGCAGCCCCUGGCCAGUGGCCCUGGCAGGUCAGCAUCAUCUACGAUGGCAUCCAUGUGUGUGGUGGCUCUCUCGUGUCUGAUGAGUGGGUGCUGUCAGCUGCUCACUGCUUCCCAAGAGAGCACAGCAAGGAAGACUAUGAGGUCAAGCUGGGGGCCCAUCAGCUGGACUCCCAUACCCCGGCGACAUACCAGGUCCACCAGGUGGCGCAGAUCAUCUCCCACCCCAGCUACCGCGAGGAGGGCUCCCAAGGUGACAUUGCACUAGUCAGACUGGCCAGGCCUGUCACCUUCACCCGCUACAUUCGGCCCGUCUGCCUGCCUGCAGCCAAUGCCUCCUUUCCCAACGGCCUCCGCUGCACCGUCACUGGAUGGGGCCAUGUGGCCCCCUCAGUGAGCCUCAAUCCUCCCAGGACGCUACAGCAACUUGAGGUGCCGCUCAUUAGUCGCGAGACGUGUAACUGCCUCUACAGCAUCCGAGCCAGGCCCGAAGAGCCCCACUUUAUCCAGCAGGACAUGGUGUGUGCCGGCUACGUGAAGGGGGGCAAGGACGCCUGCCAGGUAAACGCAGGGGCAGGGGAACCGGAGAGACGCUAUGUUGGGAGAGGCGCCAAGGCCUGGGUUUAACGGUUAUUGGUUUUUCUCCUCAGGGUGACUCUGGGGGCCCACUCUCCUGUCCUGUG